UUCGCAAUACCCCGAAAGGCGAAAGCCCCAAAAACAGAAUUCCCAACUUCUCUCUUUCUUUUCUUUCUUUCUUUCUUUCAGCGCCAUGGCUGGGGCGGAGCAGCCAUUAAAGAAACGGAAGCUAUACGAACAGCUCAAAGAACCCUCACCUCCGGCGCUGUCUUCACCGCCGCUGCUGCCUCCGGCUGCUCAGCCACCUCAACCGGCGCCUCCGCCAACGCCGCCGCAGAUAUCACAGGAUGAAGUUGUCCUGCGGAGGAGGAACCAGGAAGAGAUCCGGAAUGUUUAUGAAUGCUACAAUCGAAUUAAAUUCUGCAUCGCACAGAAAGAUACGCGCCUCACGUCUGACCUCGAACGAGCCUACGCCUCCCUCGUCACUGCCUCCAGUGGUUGCAGUAGCGUACAGCGUCUCACAGCUGAGUUUAUUCCCAAAUAUGCAUCAUAUUGCCCAUCUGCUCUUGGAUCUGCUGCCAAGGUUUUAAUCAAUAUGCAUAAUUGGAGUUUGGCAGUGAUCAGUAGAGGUGAAGAUGCAGAUGGUGUUGCACUUGACACUGCUAAAGCCUGCAUUUUUGGCCUAGCUGAUAUCUGUGUAAGUGCUGCAGCUGCUGCACCAAUGUCAUCAGUUAUUCAGGGCAUCUGCACCACAGUGUUUCGUGAUGCAGUGACCUUCUUCAUAUCCUCCUUUGAAGGGAAGAAUAUCUUCCAGAUUGUUGAUAAAGAAAUCCUAAAAACUGAUGAUGUUUUGGAUUCGUUUUCCCAGUACCAGCAAAAAAUUUUAGCUUUGGAUGAUUCCGUCUUGCUCAAAUUAUCAAAAUUCCGUGCUCUAAGUCUUCUUAGAAUUUUCUUUACAUGCUCUAAAAAUUCAAUUGCAACAUGCUUUGAGCUCUUUGACUCUACUGCAGCAGAGGAGACCCACAAAGAAGGAUAUUACUUUCUAAGGCAGUUAACAGACAGAUUUGAUGAAACUUUAUCCUGCUCUUCGAAGGUUGAAUGCAAUGGAUCAAUACCAUCUACGUCUUCCAUGAACACAAGCUGCAGUGGCAAUGAUUCCAAUGAUGAUGGUUCUGCAAGAGGGGGUAAAAAUACCUUAAAACAUGCAAAAGCAGUUCCCAGAAACUGCUUACUGGGCCUGGUUCUAAACAACGAUCAAUCAUUAAAAAAUUGGGUCAUUUCUAGGUAUAAGAAGUUAAGUAAGUCAGGAUUUUCUGAAGUUGUCUCAGUAAUUACAUCUAUCCUGGAUGAAGUUUUUGACUCUUUUUUGGAUCAAGUUAAGGCAGAGGAUGUUAAGGAAGAAAGUGAGGAUGAUUUGUGUUCAAGAGAGUAUGCUGAUCAGUUUUCUCUUCCCAGAGUCUGUAGUCAAGGGCAGACUUCUGAGGUUUCUAGAAGUGUAACAGGUUCUCAAUUAGCAGAUUGUCGUUCAAAUAUUAAUAAUUUUGGGUCUAGGUCCAUGGUUGUUGAUUCCAAUGAGCAAGGGGAUUUAGCAUAUAAUAGGCCUUCCAGAUCAGGGGAAUUGUUAAAUCAACAAAUUCCUUCACCCAGAACGAGACCAAUGUACCUGAGAAGUUGCAGUUUCGAUAGUGGAAGCUGUAGUUCUCCAACAGAGAAAAAUCUUAUUCCAAACAUGGAUCAUCCACUACCUGCAUUGAGAACUUCCAGUGGAGUUGCGGUUGGCUCUACUCCAUCCCCUAGACAGAAUUUGCCACUACACCAACCUUCAACAAAUCAGGUGACUUGGUUCUGUGACGGUGACCCAGCAGCUUUGGAUAUAUAUCCUGCUUCAAAACAUCUCUGGCUGGGUUCUUUGGAUCCUGGUGUAUCUGAAGGACUUCUUAGACAUCAGUUUGAGAAGUUUGGUCCAUUGAACAAUUUUUCAUACUUUCCCCUAAAAGGGUUUGCCUUGGUUGAGUUUAGGAACAUUAGGGAUGCUGUUAAAGCCAGGGAACUCAUGCGAAGAAGUUCUCCUUGGGGCACUGCCCUUAGCAUUAAAUUCUUGGAUGCGGGAUAUGGAACUAGGGGUGCUAUAAAUGGUGUUGCAGUUGGUUCUAGUUGUCAUGUUUACAUUGGAAAUGUUCAAAACCAAUGGGUAAAGGAUGAGAUCAUCCAUGAACUAAGGAAAGUAAUUUAUAAGGGCCCUGUCAUGGUUACUGAUCUCAGCAGCGAAGUUGCAUUGCUAAUGGAAUUUGAAACACCUGAGGAGGCUGCCAUGGCAAUGAAUCAUCUUAGGCAAUGCCGUAAUUCAAAGAAUAGCUCUCCUCGACCACAAAAUGUAGGUCCAGUGAACGUCACUAUGCGUGUAGAUGGUUCAAGGCUGGUUUCCACCUCCUCUGUCAAUAAUAUGAUUGUGCCAUCCCAUGCUCAGACUAUGGUUGAGCAACAGCCCAAUGCCCGCACAAGUCAACCUGGGUUGCAUCAUGUUCCUGUUUCUGCAAAGCCUGAUAAUGGUUUUCUGGAGCAUACCUCUCCUAGAAUGAAGCCAGAGCAUGGGGCUAUGACAGCCAGUGGACAUCAUGGGUUUCAGUCAAACUGGAGACCUAUUGUGUGCCAAGGAAUGCCUGAAGUUGGAGCCGGUGAAUCUGACAAAAUGGCUGUUGAUCCUUCCCAUCGAGGUGGUAGCAUUUCUGACAGUGGUGAUCCGAUGUGGGUAUAUGGGAAAUCUGAAAGAGAGCUCCAAUCUGGAGCAGGAGCCAUUUCAUGCAUACCUCCACCAACUCAAGGACCUGCUAUGGGACCAUCAAUGUCCAUUCAGGGACCUCCUGCUGCACCACAACCUGUUCAAACACCUCCAGUAGCACCACCACAGCCAGGUCAAGCACUUCCAUUUGCGCCCCCACAAGUGGCUCUAGGGCCUCCAGUUGGUCCACCACAGCCAAUUCAUACACAUCUAGUACCACCACCACCACAGCCAAUUCAUCCACCUACUGUUGGACCAUCACAGCCAAUUCAAACACCUCCUUUCAUACGACCUGUUUACUUUACUCCAACUGGUUGGGAUGCACAUGCUUUGAACCAUAGCAUGCCUCCAAAUCCUACUUCAUCCAGUGUAAUGCCUAGUAGUAUUCAUCACAAUGCAAUUGCACCGCCAUAUCUGCCUGCUUCUGUGACUCCCAUUGCUCAGAUACAAGCAAGCUCAAUGCCACCAUUCAGUCAUACGUUCUACAUGAACAAUCGCCCUCCUUUGACAUCUUUCCCUGCCCCACAGCCUGAACUGACGCCUCCAUUUACUACACAGCCUAUGUUGCAGCCUCCAUUACCUUCAUCCCCACCUCAUCCACCUUAUCCAGCGCCACCUAUUGCUCCUCCUCCACCUAGUUCCCCACCUCCUCCCCCUCCACCAUCAGAAUCUUCCAAUUCAGAGAAUUUGAGGCAAUGUCCACAGCAUCAAUGGCAGGGAACCUUGAAUAAAAGUGGGGUUCAUUACUGCAAAAUAUAUGCACAGAGGGUGGAUUCUGGUAUCUGCAAGUAUUCAAGUGCUGUUGCUGAACCAACUGAAUGGCCUGCAAAGUUAGAUAUGACAAAACGCACAGAUUUUCAGCAUGUCAUGUCUACAUUUUCUAAUACUCCGAUUAACAAAAGAGAGAUAUGCUGGUUGCUUCCUACUUGUCAAGAGGACCAUAAGGGGUUUCAGGAUUUUGUUUCAUACUUGCAACAAAGGGAAUGUGCCGGUGUCAUUAAAAUGCCAGCCGUAAAAUCUAUGUGGGCGAGACUUCUUUUCAUUCUUCCGCAGUCUUCAGAGACCUGCUCCAUGCUUUCUCUCGAGCCCAACCCAUUCCCUUGCCUCAUCGGUUUGGUCUUGCCUAAAGAAAUGAACUUUGAAUGGGUGUGAUAUGAUUGGUGCAUCUCAGAAUUUACCAUGGGAAGAGAGUUUAGGUACACCACCUAUAUCAGCAAACCUUUCAUUUCAUCUAACACUUAAACUGACAAUCGAUUGAAAUGGAAUUGCUAACGAGGUUAAAACUCGCAACUCUGCUCUGCAAGUAGUAGUUGGCGGUGCCAUUCAAGGUGCAAGGCGAGGUAAAUAGCAUUCCGACUUUAGAGAUCCUGACAUAGUUAGAACGACUGACCAAUUUUGUUUGUAAAUAUAUGCCUGCCGUGAUCCACUUUGGUUAGGAAACUAUCUUCCUGUAAUGUGGGUUGUAUCUAGGAUUUAUUUCGUCAUGAAGAAAUGUUAGACUAUAGAACUAUAAACAAUUUUGAGAGUUAACGCUGUCUUCUUUAUUUGCUCUGCUUUUCUAGAACUGUACAAGGUACUCAAUAUAACGGACAUCAGUUUUGGGGAUUGUCUGAAAACUCUGAAUCUGUACAAAUUCACAGCAGACAUUAGACGUUAAAAAUGUAAGUUUCAAUUAUCAUA